GCGUGCGCGGGCCCGGAGAAAGUGCGGCUCCGGCGUGCCGCAGAGCGCGGCGUGCCGGCGACGACGGAAGGAGCUCCCAGGUCCUGUUUGAUCAACGGAGAUGAAGGGAACCGAUUGAUUUGAAAGCAUCGCUAUACAGGAGUUGUUCCACCAGUGUUCUGCUACUUCCACGGACCGGCGACAUGGAGCGGCAGGCGACAGUGCGGCUGGCGCACGCGCACAAGCAGUACGGCGCGGUGCAGGUGCUGCGGGAUCUCAGCAUGGCGGUGCAGCAGGGCACCAUCUACGGACUGCUGGGCGCCAGUGGCUGUGGGAAGACAACUCUGCUGAGCUGCAUCGUGGGCAGACUGCAGCUGGACUCGGGGCACAUACAAGUGCUGGGUGGUCAGCCUGGCUCCAAGUACAGUGGUGUACCUGGUACCCGCGUCGGGUACAUGCCUCAGGAAACGGCGCUGUUUCCCGAGCUGUCCAUCAGGGAGACGAUGUUGUACUUCGGUUGGAUCUGCGACAUGAGCACGCCGCAGGUGGAAGAUCGCCUGGAAUUCCUGCUGCACUUCUUAGAUUUGCCAGAUGCCGACCGUGUCGUCAAAAAGCUGAGCGGCGGGCAGAAGCGGCGAGUGUCCCUUGCUGCGGCACUGCUGCACGACCCCGAGCUGCUCAUCCUGGACGAGCCCACAGUGGGGCUGGACCCUCUGCUCCGGCACAGCAUCUGGCAGCACCUGGUGGAGCUGGCCAAGACCGGCAGCAAGACCAUCAUCAUCACCACUCACUACAUCGAGGAGGCACGCAACACCAGCACGAUCGGGCUGAUGAGGAAUGGCAAACUGCUGGCGGAAGACACGCCUGAUGCCCUCCUGGCGAGGCACGGCAGAGCGACCCUCGAGGAAGUGUUCUUACAGCUCAGCGAGAGACAGGAACAGGAGAAUCUGCUGUCGAUUGCGAACGACGCAAGGAACAGGAAACCAGAGACUGUCAGCGGAGACUUGCAACCAGUGAACAGCGAGCUCUCUCCACAUCACGGAGUUGAAGACCAUAUUACUUCAAAGGACGGCGAGCCGAGGCGGCCCAAGGACUGCUGUGGGCUGGUGUCUGUGGGGGCCAUGCGAGCCCUCAUGAAGAAGAACUACCUGUACAUCUGGCGGAACCCUGGGAUGAUGAUGUUCAUCUUCGGCGUGCCGGUGUUCCAAGUGAUCCUGUUCUGCCUGGCGGUGGGCGGCGACCCCUGGGACCUGCCGCUAGCCAUUGUCAACCAUGAUGCCGACUGUAACUUCGCUGUGCCCGCCCCUCACAACUGCUCCUACGACGAGCUCAGCUGCCGCUACCUCACGCACCUCACGCCGCCCACAAUCGUCAAGGAGUACUACGGCAGCCUGGGCGCGGCGCAGCGGGCGGUGCGGCGGGGCAGAGCCUGGGGACUGCUGCACCUCGCGGAGAACUUCACCAGCGGGCUGGUGGAGCGCGUGAACCAGGGCGAGCACGUGAGCGACGAGCUGCUGAACCAGGGCGCCGUGCACGUGGCGCUCGACAUGUCCAACCAGCAGAUCGGACAAAUGCUGCAGUCGAAACUACGGACAGCGUACCAGCAGUUUGCAGAAGAGUUGUUUCGAGCCUGCAAUAUCAGCAGUAAAAUAGCGCAAGUUCCAGUCCGGUUUGAAGAACCGGUGUAUGGAGAUAGAUCACCAAGUUUCCUCAACUACUGUGCCCCAGGCCUCAUCCUAGUCCUGAUCUUCUUCCUCGGGGUGGCCUUGUCGAUAGGCACGAUGGUGCACGAGCGCCGCGAGAGGCUUCUGGACAGGACUCUCGUCGCAGGUGUGACGUCGUUCGAGAUCAUGCUGUCGUUCGUGCUGAUCCAGCUGGUGGUGAUGUGCUGCCAAGUGGUGCUGCUGCUGGGCUUCGCGCUGUUCGUGUUCCGCGUGGAGUGCGUGGGCGACAUGGGCUGGAUCAGUCUGCUCACCGUGCUGCAGGGCAUGAGCGGUGUCUGCUUCGGUUUCACCAUUGCGGCGUUCUGUCAGACGGAGAGCACAGCAUUCCAAGUGGCUAUGGGUAGCUUCUAUCCAUCCAUAUUGUUGGGAGGUACCAUCUGGCCCCUGGAAGGUAUGCACAUGCUGCUGAUGUACGUGAGCAAGUGCAUGCCGCUGACACUGCCCAUCCAGGCUCUGCGCUGCCUCAUGUCUCGAGGCUGGGGCCUGGGAGAGCCAGACGUGUACCUGGGCUUCGUGUCGGGCACCGCCUGGACCAUGCUGUUCCUCGCCACCACCAUCCUCGCAGUCAAGGUCAAGAAGCUGUGACCUGGCAACCCUGCGCAUCCAGCCCUGAGGCCAGUACCUCUCGCCAGGGGCCCAGCCUCUGCCUGGCGACACGGCGGUCAGCCUGGACCUCAGUAGCUCCGUGCUUGCACUGUGCCUCGCGCAUCCAGUCUCUGUGACAGCUCAAAUACGCUAAGCGAGACACAACGCAUUCCUUUUCUUUACUUUUUUUUUUUGUUUACUGGGAAUGUUAAGGUAUUAUAAGUGCAAAUCAACAGCACAGUUUCUCAGAUAAUGCUAUUUUGUGGAGCAGAGAUAUUGUAUGCAUUGGCCAGAAGGAAACGUGGUAAAACAUUCAAGUUUUGCAAGUAGGCUAAAAUUAUUUGAAUGACACUGGCCCAAAACCAAGACUGAUAUGGUUAAAUAACUUUUUUUAAUGUGAAUUUCUAAGUGUUUAAUAUGGAAUGAGAGUUACAAAAAUAAAGGAAACAAAAAGACUACUGGAAUGAAUUGGAGAAAUAUGGACUGUUUAAGAACCACACUGCGGACAGAUAUUUAGAUUAAAGCAUUUUCAAUUAAAUAAAAACUGACUAAAGAUAAAUGUAAUUUGAGGGAAAAUGUCAAAAUAUUCAAUAAUUACUAUUGCACAAUAGGGUUUCGUGUAAAGAAAAGGUAACAGUGUAUGUAACCCACAAAUUUAAUCUACGCACCAUGUAAUUAUGCUAAUGUAAUAGCAGUGCAGCUAAAAGUGCUUCGAAUGCAGAACACCUAUAACCAACUACAAAUAGUUCUAAUGUAAAGUAUAAUUAUAUCGGUUUCCAGUUACCACUGUGUGGCUUUCUCUCUUUAUGACAGAUUUACACUACUUCUAGAACUUAAUUGUUUCUGAAUACGAUAAAUGACAGUCGCAAUUUGUUCCUGUCAAUAUCUAUAAACUGUUGCACUUAAAUAAGUAACACUUCUAUGCCCAACUUUGUGAGAUGAGACAAAAAAAAAUUAUGUUUUCAUUGAAUACCGGUGCUUUUGACAGUGAAAUUAUGUCAGAUUAGUCUAAAUAGGUACAAAAGUUCUGCAUAUGAGUAUAUGACAAAAUGGUGCAAAUGAAGACUUCAAAUUCUACAUUUUGAACAUUUUUGCACGUAUGCAAGUUACUAGUAAUAUUGUAUAUUGGUUUUACAGAUGAUAACGUCUUAUAUUUUUCACUAUAAUUUGUUUUUCUAUUAUUUGUAUGUAAAGUGAUUGACAAAUAAACAUAUUUUUUGUUUAUAUGUUUA